AAACUCCCUGUGCCUGCCCAAGACAUUAUGUCAGCUGUCAAUGACACCAAAUUCAACUCUGCAGUGUUCCUUCUCACUGGGAUACCAGGGCAGGAAGAUGUCCAUCUCUGGAUUUCUAUCCUCUUCUGUUUAAUGUAUGUUAUUUCAAUAAUAGGAAAUUCAGUCAUUCUGUUCAUUAUAAAAACAGAUCCAAGCCUCCAUGAGCCCAUGUAUAUUUUCCUUUCCAUGUUGGCGAUCACAGACCUUGGCUUAUCGAUAUCCACCAUGCCAACGAUACUGGGCAUAUUCUUGUUUAAUUCUAGGGAGAUCAGCCUUGAUGCCUGUUUUACCCAGUUGUUUUUUAUCCACUCGCUUCAAUGCAUUGAAUCCUCCGUGCUCUUGUUGAUGGCCUUUGACCGCUUCAUCGCCAUAUGUAACCCACUGAGAUAUGCUUCCAUCUUAACCCCACCGAGAAUAGUCAAGAUGGGACUGAUGUGUGUGCUAAGAGGAGUAACCGUAAUAAUGCCACUCCCCCUUCUUCUGAAACGGUUCCAGUACUGUCGAGCCAAUGUCCUCUCCCAUUCCUACUGCCUGCACCAGGACAUCAUGAAGCUGGCUUGUUCAGACAUCACAAUCAACAGCAUCUAUGGCUUGUCUGGUUCACUCUUAAUUAUGGGGCUGGACUCGCUGCUCAUCUUACUCUCUUAUGUGAUGAUCCUCAAAACAGUGUUGAGCGCUUUGUCCCCUGCAGAGUGCCUCAGGGCCCUGAACACCUGCGUCUCCCACCUCUGCGUCGUCCUGAUCUUCUACACACCAGAGAUAAGCUUGACUGUGAUACAUAGAUUCGGAAACAGCUCUAUUCACCUGCUUCAGAUUCUCCUGAGCUAUGUCUACCUUCUCAUUCCACCCCUGAUGAAUCCAAUUGUUUUUAGUUCCCUAUGGUGGACUUGGGAAUCUUAG